AUGUCAUUCCAUUGGCCAGGAAUUUCAACAAUAUGAGCGUCGAUGUUGAGUUUGGCAGCAUGAGCCGAGAUAAGGCUGCUACUAAAAUGAAAGUCCACGAUGCGGUUGAAAGUGAGAAGAAAGGUCAGUUUAAAUCCUUGAAAGAGGAGGCUCAAACUGACACAAGAAGAGAAACUAUCAGCAAGAAACACAUUGCCAUGAGAGAAAACAACAGAAAGCAACCAGUUGAUAAUAAUUCAAAUCUCAAGGACAUUACAUCCUCCACAGUAGAUUCAGGCAACUUGCAAAGUGAAAUAACUAGACCAUCAUCAGGAUUAGUCUUAAAAUGGGAAUCAAUGAAGUCUGGUUUUCAGAAUUUCACCUCUAACCUUGGGGCGAGGAGAUUCCUUCCUCUAGGGCAAAGCCAAGAGAACAAAGAUUCUUCCAGUGUUUCCUCAUCCGAAUCCCCUGACGAAAUCUGCCAGAGAUUGAAACAUCCAACUCUGGACCAUAGAGAUUUUGGUGAUGAUGAAGAUCCGUGACCAUGAUGCCAACGCCUGUGAGUUGAGCCCAUUUAGACAAACCAUAGCUUUAUGCAGAAUAGACAAAGUAGAAGCCUUCUUGAUUUCUUCACUUCUGCUUCUAUUGUGUUUGCUCUCCUCAACUCAAUUUGUCUUCAUCUGUGUGCACCUUGGGUGCACAUUGUACCAAAGAAUCCAUAAAUGUGCACAGGUCUG